AUGUUUAGUUUUCGUUCGGAUACUUCAUGAAUUUUAGAGCUUCCAAAGUUUAUAUAGGACGAAUGUUCUAAUUAGAUUUUUAAUGAAACGUAUACACUAAAAGACCCUCGUACUGUUUUCGGAGGAAUGUACAAAUUAAUCAGUGCUUUCUUAGUGGAGCUUUCAUUUGUAGACACGUCUCACACAACCUGUUGCAACCCUUAUCUACAUCAUGGGAUGAAAAUGACUUAUCCGGCAAUGAACUGCAACAUCGUUCUAAUGAAUAGAUUUACUGUCGUCGGGGAGAGACGCGAUGAAAGUUGAAUCGGAAGAGCAAACGUCGCUAAAAAAUCAAUUAACAUCGGUCGCAUUUCCGUCUUUCCCAAAUUCGGCAAUGUUUACACCGUCUCAAAUAUUAAUGGCUAGUCAAUUAAUGGCGGCAUCCGGAUUAGGUAUACCCGCCAAUCCCGCUUUUUUCCAUCCGGGGCUAUUCGCAGCUGCGUGGCCGACAAAUUCGCCUCCAUCGCCGCCGGUACCGAGCGAACAAUUAUCACCCGCGUUAAAAGCCAGAAAGAAUAACAAUAAUAACGUCGUUAGUAGUAGUAGUUCCGACACAAAGUUGCCGAAGCGAAAAACUGCGAGAAAAUUGGAGGACGAUAUCCCUUUAGCGUCGCCGACGUCGAGCUCGUCACCUCCUUCGAGCACGGGAGACGCUAUAAAUAAGGAUUCUAACCGGGACCGUCAAUUUACUUGUGGCGUUUGCAAUCGUUCCUUCGGAUACAAGCACGUUUUACAAAAUCACGAAAGAACACAUACGGGGGAGAAGCCCUUUGAAUGCCCAGAAUGCCAUAAGAGGUUUACGCGCGAUCACCACCUGAAAACGCACAUGCGAUUACAUACGGGGGAGCGUCCCUAUCAUUGUGAUCACUGCGAUAGGCAAUUCGUACAAGUCGCCAAUUUGCGACGCCACCUCCGCGUGCAUACCGGGGAGCGUCCCUACGUAUGCGAGCACUGUCAGGCGCGAUUUUCCGACUCAAAUCAGCUCAAAGCCCAUCUACUCAUCCACACCAACGAGAAACCCUUCAUAUGUGAUCGCUGCCAAAGUAGAUUCAGAAGAAGGCAUCAUCUUCUACAUCACAAGUGCGGGGCGCCAGAUCCCGUUCUAAUCAAAUCCGAAAUAUCCGAGGAAGACGAUUUGCGGACAAGGCCAAUUGUAACGCUUCCACUUCAGGUCUCGUUUCCCGAACAAACUGAACCUGAAGACCUAUCGAUGAGCACAGGUUUGCACUCGCAUAGCAGCGGAGACUCGCCGCUAUCGAGAUCACCAAGCUCGAGAGAGGAUUUGGACGACGACGAAAUUGAGCCCGACGAUUCCGCCACUUUAUUCUUGCAAAGAAGACAUCCUUCUCUCUCCUAGUCUUAUUUCAAUCCUACGGGUAUGUUUUAUAACUGUCAAAUAGUUUCAGGAAGAUUUAUUUAUAAUUAACGGAAUGUUCUGUACAGUGUGGUAUGUAAGUUCCUCUUCAAUAGACUAGUAGUGAUUUUUUUCAAUGGGAAUUCUCUUUUUUUAGUUCUAGGAAGAUUUUACAAGACGUUGUUAACCAUUCUAGUUGGACGAUAUAAACCGGUGGCUUGUAUAUAGAUAGAUGCAAAUUUAAGUAAAUUUCUAGUAGCCCUAAUUUUUAUGGUUUAAAAAGGACCUGCAAUUUAUACCUGUUUUGGCUUUAAAACUUCCCGCUCUGGUUUUGCACGUGAAUCUGAACUUAUAAAUUAUUUUUUAUUAUCCCUGUCAGUCCGAAGCUUUCCAGUAUUGUUAGAGAAAUAUGCGGAUUUAUUGCUACACUUCCUUGUCGCAAAAAAUUUCGCUCGGUGAAAUUGACAGGGGUUACUCUUUGCAAAUCAUUCUAAAUGAUUAGGCCGUUGUCUUUCACACAAAUCCUGUUUCUAUUCAAGUUAUCGAACUAGUUUUUUUAAUCACACAAAUUUGCUGAAAUCCAACACCGCUCGGCCUGUUCUAUUUUACCCUCGAUACGCGCAACGGUCGAUGCCCUUAAAUUUACCUAAAAUGGACUAAGUCCCUUUUUGUUCCCAGGAUCAAUUUUAAAUUUUGCAGCAUCCUCAAGCGGUCACUGAACUAUUCUUCCCACACACGCUUUGUUAUUCGGCAUCAUUUUUCAUCAUUUCCGCGCAUUUUUUUUCUCUAUUCAUUAUAUUUGUAUAAUAGGUAGGUACCAAAGACGUUAGAGCUUUCCGGUACACCUACUUUGCAAACGAACCGGAUUUGAUUGAAUUUUUUAAAUAUUGUAACCCUGUCACGAUUUCAAUACAAUUCAACUUGUUUCAAAACGGGUUGAAAAUUAAAAGUUAUUCAUGAUUUUGGUGUGAAAGUGGAACUUUAUACGGGCCCAAAAACGAAAAUACGUUACGUAGAGUUAAGUUAGAAUAAAAAGUUCUUGUAAAAUCUUCAGGUGUACAUAAAAUUUUUGACAUAUCCCGGUUUCCUGACAUAGGUGAAUGUUUUGUACAUGUACGAAUGAUUUUUAUAGGUAAAUAAAUAUAAUUACUGUAAAAGGUGGCUGUACUUUUCGUAAUAUUGUUACUUUUUUUGCUAGUAUUUGUUAAGAAACGCGAGUUACCUCUGAUCUAAAGAAAUAGGCAGGUGAUAUGAAUAUUUUCUCUUUUAGAUUAGACUCAAUUUUUUAUUGUUUUUAAAGUGCCAUUGCGCCAGCAUUUGCAAUUUAGUUUAUUGUAGAAUAUUGUUUUUUUCCAAAUACGGGUAUAUUUCCUAUUAGUUUAGUUUACCUAAUAUUAAUGUUAAACAGGGUUACCAUGGUAAUAUAAGAGAAUCUACAUUUUAUUUUUUCAAAGGUUUUUGUCCAUUUUAAACUAAAAUAAUUGUUGAAAUAUGCGUGUGCAUUAAACAAUCAAAUACGAUCUCGUCAAUUUUUGUUAAAUAUUUAUGUGUAAAUAGUUAAACGAUUGCUGCGUGUAUUUAAAUUUUGCAAAUGCUUUUUUGCGUUAAUUAUUGUUGUUAAUUUUGUUUUCGAAACAAACCGGUGAACAUUUGAAUAGUGUAAAUAAGCCAUUUGCAAAAUUUCCUGGCAACUACGGUACAAAUCUCUACCUCUUGCAUCUCAUUGUUUGCUUAUUAGAAGAAGAUCUAUAUGUAACUAAACAAGACUGAUUUUUAAUAGAUUCCUAUAUGUAGUUGUAGCAGAAACAGAUAUUAUAUACAAUUUCAAAUUUAAUUAUACGUGUAUGAAGAAAGAUAAAGAUUGGGGUUUAUAUAGUGUGAAAACGUUACAGUUUUAAGGUCCGAAUAUUUCAGGUACAAAAUGCUAGAUGAUAUCAGAGCACGAUUAGAAUUGGGUCACAUUUCUUUAGGGGCUUCUUAAUCCAAUUAAAAUUUAAUGUAGUUACCCCCGAAGUUAAAAAUACCGUACUAAAUUUUCUCUACUAGCGUCGUGCUCGAUUUAAGUAAAUGUAGAACUUAUUUACAUUUUACAAAUAAAAUAUCUUGUUGGAUCCUUGACGUAUUUCAUAAUGAAUGUUUUCAUGGUGUGAUUACCCUCAACCCAUUUGUGAUCACGUACCCGGUUGUAAAUUGAUGUCUCUUACUGAAA